AUGGCCGAACUUCCUGACCUAGGUGGCAGAUGUUUUUUUGAAAACUGUAAAAGGCUGGACUUUCUACCGUUUACAUGCCCACUUUGCAAAGAAUGUUUUUGCUCUGACCAUCGAUUCACUCAUGGAUGUGACAGCUCAAAGCAAUAUGACCCAAACACAGCUGUAUCGUCUUCUUCUGGACCACUACGUAACUUUCUCUGCAUGUUAAAUAGCGGGAGAUUCCAGACAUCGUCAUGCUGA